GCUUCUGCUGUGCCUUCCUAGAGCCACCGGCUCUGGAAAGCCCCGGCAGCUCGGGGACUCAAAGGGAGAGCCUUUCUCUUUCAGGUGCCGCUGGGGCAGGCAUCAGCCAACCUGUGGUCCCUACGGUAAGAGCCCUCUCCUCUCUCCUCACCUGCAGCACCUUUGGCGGGCUAGCGGCAGAUGAGCCCGUGCUAUUUGCCUUCCCUUGCGCUGUGCCCAGGGCUCAUGCCUUUCGCUCCUGCCUGGGCCUUUGGCUCAACCCGGAGGGGGAGGGAAGCGCUUACAAACCAGGGAAAGAAAAGGGGGCUCGAGCGCCCCUCUCUCUGCUCUCCCUGAGCUUGGAGGCUCUGGGAGGGGCUGGGCAGCGCUCUGACGAGAUCUGCUUUCCUGGUGACUGCAGGGAACAAUCCCCAGCAAUGGAACUCCUGAGGAAGGAGAUCAGGCGCCUGGCUGCAGAGAUCGAUGCUAGCAAGGAGGAAGUUCGGCUAAUGGGAGAGGCAAUGUCUGCAAGCACGCAGAUGUCUGACUGGGCUCUGAAAGAGGCAGGGGCUGCCAUGGACCUGCAGAGAUCGUCCAGCAGCUCUGCAGGACUCUGCAGGGUGUUUUGGUUCCUGUGUGCUCCAGCCCCCCAGGACACCUUUGUGCAGCCGGAUGCCUUGCCAGGAUACUACUGGCCUUUCCAAUGGUCUCGGAGCAAGCAGCUGAUCCGGUCCCCCACACAAAUACAAGCGACAGCCAUCACCAGAGAUCAAACCUCAAAGAUGGCCUCUGCGCUGGGGACUGUCAGCAGUGCCCCCCGAGAUUUCACUGUCUCUGGACCGGAUGAGGAAGGCGAGCAAGAAACUCUGCUGGGGACAUCUCCCCACACCCUGCAGAAAGGGCCAAAUGAGACCUUCCCUCUGCAGAAUGGGAUUCCCAGAGGCUUUCCGUUUCUGAAACUUGGCAUACGGAGCAACUGGGGAAAACCAGGAUACACCUGCAUUUAUCGAGUGCAAGUGCAUGGGAAGAUCAUGGGAAGGAAGGCCGUCGGCCAGACACCUGUGUAG